AUGCAACCACCAUGUGCUCUUUGCAGCACAUUAGUACCAAUAUUAGAAAAAUAUUCUUCAUUAGAAUUAAUUGAAGCGAUCGAUCUUCAGAAGGAAGAUAUUUGCACAUUCGUUCUAUUUGUUACAAAUUGGCCUCAAAAUCGAUGUGCAUGUUUGUGUCGUGAUGCGAUAACAAUUGAACGUUUUUCCUCUCUCGUUGAAUGGUUACUACUCUACAUAAUCAAUCUGCUACAAACAUUUAUCACAACUGAUAAUCCGUCCGAUGAUGAUUUUCUUAAUCAAUCAAACGAAUCUGAUUCAUCAACACAAAUCUGUAGUAUUCUGACCACGACUGAUCAAGAACAACAACGUCAAUAUCGGCAAUGGUCAUUGGAAGAAAAGGAACGCUUGUUACUAUGCGUAGCUCGUUGUUUUACAUUGAAUUUGCCGAUCUAUACAACUGCACAUCGUAAUCCAUCAUUAGCGCAUCAUGUUGCAUACUAUCAGAUGCAACAUGCAUCCGCGGAUUUCAAAACAUUUCUAUCGUCAUAUUGUCAUUUGAAUUUAUCAUCGAAUAAUGCUAGCGGAAAUAAUGAUUCCCAUCAUGUAUCACUAUAUUUAUAUAGACAUAUAUGUUCAUUUUGUGAAAACCGUGGUCUCAUCGUCAUACGGCAGGUGUUCGAUUCGGCGAAAAAUACUCGAAUGUUACCCUUAUCAAUAGCACACACACUAUUUCUUAUUCUAACAAACUUACGUCAGCAUCUAAACAUAGGUAAGUCACUCGGCGAAGGAACUGAAAUGACCUAUAUGCUGAACUUUUGUCCUUAUCAAUUAGAUAUUAUCAAGAACUUUCUUCUACCUAUUCGACCGCAUGCUAUACGUUAUAUGUGUCUAUUGUCUGAUAAUGAGUUGCGUUUAUGUGGACAAAAGAAUACCAAUGAUCUGCUAUAUGCUUCACUCAAAGAUUUAUUUCUAACAACAACAUUUCGUCAACGUUCGACGUCAUCGAAUAGUGUUCUAUCACCUUACAAUACAAAACAUCAUCAUACAGUCCAUUUUCAGCGUUAUCAUUUCGAUCGUUUAAUGUUAACCUUAGCAUUGAAAUACUUAACGUGUUCAACAUUGACGAUACGUUUGACUGGUUUAUCGCAUAUCACUAAUCAAAUUCAACAAUGUCUCGAUUAUACACAAUACCGUCGGCAUCAAUCGAUGGCAGCGGCCGCUGCUGCAGCUGCAGCUGCAUCUUGCUGUUCACAUAACAACACGACGACACAAGAGAUUCUUACUGUCAGCGAAUCCGAUGGUGAAGAUGAGGCAGCAGCAGCACAAAAGGUAACCAACGAUACGUCAUCAUCAUCUUCAUCGGCUAGUUCAGCAGAUGAAACAGAUGAAUAUCCUACAGCGAACCAUCAUGAACGAAAAUUGUGCAACUGGAUCAUUGAGAAUAAAAUCAUUCAUUAUUUAUUUGGACCGAAUUUACAUACAGAGUUAUUGAAACAAUGUUUAACUAUAUUAAUCUUCUUAGCGUCAAAUAAUCGUCUAACAGUUGAACAUAUUGAUCUAAUUUGGUCAUGCGUAUCGUUGACGCAUUGCAGUCGACAUAUAUUGGAUUUACUGAUGAAUUUAGGGCAAAAGAAUUUAAAUAUAACUUUACUUAAUCAUCUACUACAACUAAUUGGUCGAAGUGAUCGAUCACAAUAUACUGAAUCAACAUUAACAUUAAUCAGUAUAUUAACGAAAUCCUAUUGGAGUCAAUUGAUUCGUUCAUCGAAUACAAUGAUUCAAAAUAAAAAGCAGCAAGAAUUAGUUUUAAAACAGAAGUUUCAACGAAACUCUUUAAAUAUGCAAAAUAUUCUUCGUCAACAGAAAACUCUUAAACGGCAACCAUCGUCACCAUUGAAACGCAUUGAUAGAAACAAAAACGUGGCCAUGAUUCGACAGAGAGGUCGAUUACAACAUAAAAAUACACCACAUUUGAUUCGGCAAACAUCUCCUUCCUCACCUCUGCCAAUGUCACGUCCGAUAUCGGGAAAGAAGCCGGCAGCUCAACAACAACCAUCAGAAAAGAUCGGUGCUGCCGAUGAAGACUCCGCGGAAGAAGUGAUCAUUGUUGAAUCGCCUCAACAGCCAUUAACUGAGCAGAACGUUUCGAAAUUAAUGGCGAAUAAAUGUAAAGAGUUAACUUCACAAAACCUUCUCAAGUCCAGUCCGACGUCGGCAUACAUCCUAUGUGCAGAGAAGAAGAAUGAUGAUUCAACAAAUGCAAAUGUCGCGACUGAUGAGUGGUCUGAUGAUGAGGACGAUGAGGACGAUGAUGAAAAUAACGAUGAACCUAUGCGUAAUGCAAGUGUUGUUGCACGUGGAUCAGCACCAUUUAUUCGGAGAGCUGAGCCAACAUCGAGUAAUGAUGAUGACGAUGAUGAUGAAUCAGAAAAUGAAGCGCGUAUAAUACCAAGAGAAGUUUUAAUGCAACAUCGUUCACGAUUUCAACGUGGCGCACCUGCAAACCAAGAUGAAUCCGACGAAGACGAAACAGUCACGAAUGUACACUCAAAUAUGAGUCAGAUGUAUAAACCUGAAGAUUUGUCUACGCCGACGAAGCGCCCUACUACAGGUUCAGGUUUUAUCAUAAAUAGUUCGAAAAAUAUCGUUCUUCCCGAUGAUCAAAUGGAUAUUGACGACGACGAUGAUGAUGACGAUCCAAAUGAAAUAUCCGAUGAAGAUCUUCGGGGAAUGGUUAUACCAUCGGUAGUGCAAUCAUCGUUAAAGCAACAAAUGAAUCAGAAAAGUAAACAACAGCAGCAUAUUGAAAAAGACGUUCGCCAACAUCCCGAUGAUGGAGGAAAUCGUAAUGAUCAUGAGAUGGAUACUUCAAAAAAGCGAUAUUCAGAAAAGGUUUGCUCGCCUGAAAGUGCUGAAGAUGCAUCACAAGCUGGAUCACUUCCAUCAGAAAUGGAAACCGAAAUAUAUGAUUGUAGAGAAGCGAUGAGACCGAAGAAAAAGCGGACUCGUCACAAUACAGAUGAGGGUGACGACGACGACGAUGACGAUGAAGAAGAGGAAGAGUGUGAUUUCGGCUCGUCAGCAUCCGACGUUCUUAGUGAAACAGGUUCAGUCAAAAAUAUGGAUGAUUUCGAUGAUAUGAGUGAAUCGGAACAACAGCAUCAGCAACAACAACAACAACAGCAAACAACAUGCGCACGUCGAAUGCGUAUUAACCAUCCAUUGUCUGACAUGGUGUCUUCCACUGCCUCGGAUCAGCAAACUCGAAAACGACUCGAAAGUGAACAAAAUCUUGGUAGUCAAACAUCUUCGUCGUCUUCGUCAUCGUCCUCGGCUGAAUCAACAAAUGAUUCAAGCACAACAGGUCAUGUUGGCGCCAUGGAUGACGAUGAAAUCAAUAUCUCGAAUUUAUCUUCUCCAGGACAAACACUUCUUUGGGAUCUAUUACAAGACCAAACAACGGCGAACACUUUACACCUACCAGAUACAUUGCUAAAUGAAACUGAGCGAUUAUUUAGUCAAGUUCUUAGUUCCAUCGAAGAUAAACGCAUCCUAUUACAUUUCAUCCGAGCAUGUUUAGACAAUUUGAAAAAGUCCUCGUCAAGUUUGAUCUCAUUACGUUUAUUACCAAAACUGUUCCUCAUCUUUCAACAACAUCAACCACGGGCAAAUACGAACAUUUUCCUCGUAUUCGAAGAAAAAUAUCACGUCUUGAGUGCAUUUUUCAACGACCUAGAACAAUUGACUAAGCGCGUACAGGCGAAUCCAUCUUUCGUGUCAAUACACAAUGAAAUAACAGUUCGAUUUCAAUUUUUAUCGUUCAUCUUCUCCAUAUCAGCAUCACCGAAAGAAUUCAAUCUAACGCAAAAUCAAGCAGAUAAAUUGUGGGAUUGCUUAACAAUCAUGACGGGUACCACAGGUACCAACCGUGAAGAACUCUAUAAUUGGUUAUUAAGUCAAUUGAAAAAUCGUGAUGGCGGUCAUGCUCUUUCGUUAGAAACAUUCAAACAUUUACUUACAGAAAAGCUUUUAAUUCAAAAGCCCGAACACGUCUGUUGCCAACAGUUAAGUUUAAUUCAAGAAAUUCUUCAACAAAGCCGUUCAAAUUGGGUUCAUGUACUUCAACAACAGCAAACAUCUCCAACAACCUGUCUUACUCAACAGUGCCAUGAUUUUCAAACAUUCGAGUUCUUAAUCUUGAACUAUGUUAGUGACGUUGCCAUGCGCGCGUUAGAUCAAAAUGUCAGUACACUAGCCGCUCAAACUCUGAAUAGUUAUCAAAUUCAGAACGAAGAUGGAAGUCUAGAUCGAGAAGAACCGUUCAUCGCUCGUUGCAUGAACUGCUUAAACGAAUGUAUCAGUACUGUUCACGAUCUUUCUUCCCUACGAACAAUCAAUCGUAUCUCAGUGUUACUGCGUACACAUUUAGAACUGUUUACACGUCGUUAUUCAUACGUCAUGCGUUUGUAUCAAUACAUUGCACAAACAAAUAACAACAGUAAUUCGAAUCCAUUAUUUUCACCUGCGUCCCUUAAAUCUCAUAUCAAGCAAAUUGCAUUGACUGAUGAGCGAGAUGCUAAUUUAAUUAAGCUGAUUUGCAAUGCACCGAUGGCAAGUGGUGGAACAGAAAAAUACAUAUUGAAAAUGAAUCCAAAUGAUCUCAUAGGCGAUUUAAGAGCGGAACUAACACGUUGGUAUUGUACACUGAAACCGCCGAUGACUAACGUUCUAGCCCAAACAUUGUUAACUACCGAAAAAAAUGAAGUACCGGUAUCGAAUCCUAUAAGUUCAUCGACAUCGCCGACAACAUCUUCGUUCGAUCUACUACACAUGUCUGCAUUACCAUCCAUACGUGUUCUAGCCAAUGGACAGGAACUCGAUCGAGACAUCGACGAUAAAACACUGAACGAAUGCAACAUCAAAGAAAAUCAAACAAUAUUAGUCAAUGCGUCAACUCGAAAUCGAACGAAAGAUUUGUACACCAUUGAUGAACGUCUUUUGAAGAAUUAUAUUCCACAAAAAAUGCCUAUGAUGCUAUUAUUAAAAUAUAUCGACCAGUUCUUUUCAAUCCUUGCACAGUUACAAAUCUUUAUUGAAGCAUCAACUGAACAUAGCGAAGCGCGUCUGGCUGUCAGUCGCCUAUGGGAAAUUCUUCUACUUAUUCCAACACAUACUGGCAUCUUUCAAAACUUAUCUCAGUUAAAUGAAUUCAAUGAUAAUGAAAAUAAUAGCGAACAAUGGGCCGCUUGUUUACAAGGUUCAGAUCCAUUUCGUUUCACCUAUUCAUUACAAAUCAUCGACAUGCUCAUCCGACGCAUGCCAACAUAUAAAGAUAUGUUUGUUCGCAAAGGUGGCCUCAAAUAUUUAUACGAUUUAUUUAUUUUGAAAUCAUUUUUUACUGGACCUGUUGAUCGCUCAUGGUGUGCUGGACUACCUGAAGCGUUACUAUAUACAUUGAAAAUUCUUUGUUCUUGUUUAUUAAAAAUUCCAACGCUAUCCGUACAAUCUUCAACACCACAACAAGUGCCUCCACCCCCACCAGCAUCUGCACCACCUGUAACCUUCUCAGCGGCGAUCGACGAGCAACAUUCGCCUCGAACACCAAUCAAUACACGGAAAAAAGCUCGGCGUGAAACAACAACGCCUGCACUUCUUGCUGCCUUGUCGUCAUCUGAUUUAACUACUAUGGACAUUCCAUCAUCCACACCGACGAUUCAACAACAAUCUCAUUUUCAUAUCUGUGAAUCCCAUUGGGAAAAUGUCGCAUUGAUUGAUAAAGACGUUCUCUUGGAUACUUUAGUCGACAUUCAACUAUCGAUUGUUACGAAAAGUACGCGGCUGUGUUGUCCAGUAGUUUUAUUACAGUUUGCAAAUCGCACUGAUCUAUUACACACAUCAAUGGUACUAUUCAUUACCCUAUGCCAUUCCUAUGACGAUGUCCGCACGAAAUUUAUCGAGCAUCCAAAGUUAAGUUUCUGGCUGAAAACAUUACUAUUAGAUGCGUAUGAUUCGUUAUUGAAACGAGAAGCUCUUUUUAAUAUCUAUCGAUUAUCAAUGGUGGCAAGCAACAACAUUAGUAAUAACUCAUCAGGAACAAGUGAUGAGCUAAGUCUUCAACCUAUAACAGACUUUCCUCCUCCUCCACCUAUUCCAACUCAACGUAGUUGUCCCAUCGAUGAAGAAAAAGCUGCUCAAACGCUAACAAUCUCAACAUUAAUCGAGCCAUCCAAUGAUCCUCCAGCUGAACGUAUUUGUCUUGUACCAAUUCUCACCAAUCUUCUCGAAUUGAUACCUUACGCUCUCAAAUUCACAUCAUCAUCAUCAUCUCAAUCCAAUCUUGAAUCAUCGAAUUCUUCGCUUUCAUCCAUAUCUCUUCAGCCAUUACAUAUCCCACCGACUCUAAUUACCAAAUGUGAUAAUCAUUCCCUGUUUCUCAAUCAAUCUUCUCAUGAAUAUUUUCAUUUACUGACUUCCAUCAUCGAUCGAAUGCACUAUGAUGAAAUCAAACAAAUCAAAUUGAACCGUACGAAACUAUGCAAUCAAAUGAAUUCCAAUCCGAUCCUCUUCGAUCAUGAACUGAUUGAAAUCUUGAUAAAUUUCAUUCAUGAACAUGUUCCAUACGAAACUCAACGCGAUAAAUUGAUUGAAGAUGAAGUUCUCUACGGUUUACUUUGUCUAUUAACAUCAAUCAUCAAACAAUAUAAUAAUUCCUCUUUGAAGCAAAUCAACGUCAACGAUAAUCCACAUUAUAAACAACUGACAUUUCAUCUAAUCGAUCGGGUAUUUAAAUAUCUAUUCGAGUUACCAACGAGCGAAAAUCGAUGUGUGCCGAAAUGCAAAUCGUUGUUAACACGUGCGAAGUCUUAUGAAUUUCUCAAUGAAUUAAUAAAGAUCAAUCGUGAGAACUUCGUUGAACUACAGAAGAAACUUCUUCAACAGCACAAUUCCAUCGAUCGUCAACAACCAUACAUAUGGGAUUAUUGGCCACGUGAUGAUGGUCGAUUCUAUUCGGGAUAUGUUGGAUUAACCAAUCUUGGUGCGACAUGUUACGCAGCCACAAGUAUUCAGCAUUUAUACAUGAUACCUGAAUUACGCACAGCAAUACUGAACGCGAGUAAAACUGGUAAACACGAUCUGAUACUCUACGAAUUGAAACGAAUGUUUGCUUAUCUGUUGGAAAGCGAGCGUCGUUCGUAUAAUCCAAAGAGUUUUUGCAAAGUUUACACAAUGGAUGGCUUGCAAUCGUUGAACACAGGUGAUCAAAAGGAUAUGACGGAAUUCUUUACGGAUUUGAUAACGAAAUUGGAGGAAAUGUCCGAUGAUUUGAAGCAACUAGUUCGAGAAUUAUUCUGCGGCAUCUUAACAAACAUCGUUAUUUCAUUCGAUUGCCCGCACAUAUCAAGAAAGUUGGAAGAAUUUUAUACUGUUCGUUGUCAAGUGGCUGACAUGAAAGAUGUGCACGAAUCGCUGGCAGAAUUAACAGUUAAAGACACACUCGAAGGUGAUAAUAUGUAUACAUGUUCGAAAUGUUCGAAGAAAGUUCGAGCAGAAAAACGUGUUUGUUUUCGAAAGUUACCGAAAAUUCUCUGUUUAAACACUAUGAGAUAUACGUUCAACAUGGUCACGAUGCAACGUGAAAAAGUCAAUACAUUAUUUCAGUUUCCCAUGCAGUUGGAUAUGAGCGGGUAUAUGGAAACGAAUUUGAUUGACAAGAAUAAACAAAUGGGCGACGAUAAUCAUGAAUAUGACGAUGACAAAGACAAUGAAAAUUCAAAUAGGAAUACACCAUCAUCGCCAUCGACUAGUAAUGAAUCUCAUUUAUUCGAAUUAAUCGGUGUAACUGUUCAUACGGGUACCGCCGAAGGUGGCCACUAUUAUUCAUUUAUACGCGAACGUGUCAAACGUCCAUUAGAUAACAAUCUUUUGGUCAAUUCCGACUCAUUAUUAGAUAAUUCAUCGCAAUCCCAACAGCAUCGAUGGUAUCUAUUUAAUGAUGCAGAAGUGAAACAAUUCGAUCCAUCGCAAAUUGCCAAUGAAUGUUUUGGCGGUGAAAUCACUUCUAAAGGCUACGAUCAAGGUUCAGACCGUUUUCUUGACUUUCAAUUCGAGAAAACUCAUUCAGCAUACAUGUUAUUCUACGAACGCAUUGAUACACCUUUACUUUCAACGGUAACCACCGCAUCAAACUUGCCAACCUUACAAUUAAAAGAUCCAAUACCUUAUAUCAUACCAAAAGAUAUUUCCGAUUGGAUUUGGGAAGACAACCGACGUUUUGUUCGUGAUCGACAUCUCUAUGAUCAUCAUUACUUUACGUUCAUGUGGACACUGUGUCAUCAUCAAGUCUCAUCGAGUCUAUUGGCCGUCAAAGAAAAUGAGCAGAAUGAACAAGCAGAAAACACAAACGCAACAUCGGAAUCCUAUGAUAUGCUGCCUAUUCAAUUAGCAAUCACCUUCGUUUUUGAAACUUAUAUACAUGCCAAAGAUAAGCCAACCAUGGCCGGUUGGGUGGAAUAUUUAUGUAAACAGUUUACAGCUUGUAAACCAGUGGCUGUGUGGUUUCUUGCACAUAUGACACAAGAUGAUACAUGGUUGACUAAGGUCCUAGUGCGAUGUCCGAAUCAUACGAUUCGUCAUAUGUUCGCGCGUGUUCUUAUUGAUGUUUUACAUAAAAGUCGUUUUCGUGAUUCUUCGAAUGAAGACUCAUUUGUUGUUCAACAGUUCAUUCAUAAAUACUUGUCGAUCAUUAGUGAAGGCGGUGCUCGUUUACCUAUUCGAUACAUGUCGGAAUACUUCGUUUUUCUUCACGAUUUCGCUCGUAAUGGCGUCGAUGAAUGUUAUCUCUUACUCGAUUGUCUAUGUAUUCAACAAUUAAUUACAUUCUAUAUGUUACAUCGAGGUCGACAACCGAAACAAUCAUCAUCGAAUAACAAUAAUUGCGAUGACGGAAACACAAGUUCAGACGAUGAAAAUCAAUCGAACACGAAUCUGCUAAUGGCAACAAGUGCCAUCGAUGAUGAUAUUAUUCCAUUGAAUACCAUUCGUCUGCCAACGAACAAUAACUUGAAUCGGCCAGGUAUAUUCGAGAAGAUGUUUCCAUUGAUUGGACUGCUAUUAGAAACUGAACGUGCACGUACAAACUUGGAUAAUUUUGAUUUUCACCUAUUCAUCGAAAAUGACUUCGCGUUCAUUCAACAACAAAUUCUUGAUAAUAUCAAUCUAAAAGCGACAGCACACAUAAUUCAAUUGAUUUGUUAUAAGAACGAUGUUUGCGCAAAUAAGAUUGUCAAUUUGUUGUGUCAAUGGAUCAUGAAUUCCAACAACGAUAUGAAUAGUUUACAAGCAUUAUUCAAAGUCUUGACUUAUCUUAUUGAGCAGAAUCCCAAUAAUGUCAACAAUGAAACCAAUGAUCAACAACAAGUCGCUUCCAUAUUAGUACUCGAUAAGAACUGGUGCGAUUUCGCCGCGUUGAUAGUUGCGCGUAUCGGUAAACUGAUCGAUAUAUGUCCAACACAAGUUUUCGAAUGGUUUAACAAUGUCGUAACAAAAUCCUCGAUUAUACAUCGAUGGAUUUAUAACAACAUUCGACCAUGGUUGAAGUCCUAUUUGCUAUAUAACACAUACACGAAAGUACGAACAUUGAUUGCACAGUUAUUAGUGGCACUUGUGCCGUCGACAAUAUUUCGACAAACAUAUCGUACGGGAAAAUAUUUUUUGAAUCUAUCCAAACAACAACUAGCAUCAGCUGCACAAGCAACAACAACGACAGCGACUCACGGAACGAUCACAUCAUUACUUACAUUCAAUCAACAAAUGUCAACUGUUCCAAAUACAUCAUCGUUCUCUUCCCUGUUCGAUCAUCAGCAGUUCGCUCAAUAUCCAUCUGAUUUCACUUCGGAAACUUACACAAUCCUUCGAACGCUAUUAUCCUAUCUCCUCGAACUUCUAGUUGAAAUCGGCCAUGAUCAAAGUGAACUACACAUGAACGAUAAUCAACAACGUUUAGUCCAAUAUUUAUCUGUUUUAAUACAUUUUACUCGCUAUUCAUCAGAGAAAAGUCUCCUGACAGAAAAUGAAUAUCUUCAUUCUCUCUGUUCGUUAAUCUCUCAUCCAAAACUAAUGGAAGAUCAUACUAUUCAUAAUGGCAACAAAUUAUUAAUCUUCAUCUUUUUACAACAACUAUUACAUGAGAAAAUCUUCUUAACGAAUAUUCUCAAUUACGAACACGAAUUCAAACAACAACUUCCAAUGUGUUUAAUUAUUGUCGAUCACGAAGAUCAAGAAUUGAUCCUGUACAAUCGAUUAUUUCUGUUCAUUUACUACAAUAUUCUAAAACAAUUCUGUCAGCAUUCAUGCGUAUAUGCGAAAGAAUUAGCACCACACAAGAACAUGUCCUGGGCAUUGAAAAACGUUCUUCCUCACGUUCAACUCUAUCCUGAUGCGUGCGAGCAACUGUUAGGUAUAUGUAAAAUCAUUUGCCAUAUCAACCGAGAGAAUCUUUCUCAAGAGGAUCAACAAGUCAUUAAUGAUUUUAAAAAGGAAUUAUAUUUAUUAAUUUAUCGUUUCAAUGACAUACGUUCAACGUGGACGAUUAUAUUAGAUUUAACACGUGAUAUGUGCGAUCUACAAGCAUCUCAUGAUGAGCGUUUGCAGAUCUUGAGUCGUCGCGGUUUACCCAUGUUAACGACCAUAUUUUUCACGAUAUUUAAUUUGUAUCACGAACAAAACCAAACGCAAAUCUUGACCAUACAGAGUGAUUUAAUUUAUUUGAUGAGCCUGAUUGGAAAUCUGCUCGAUACAGCUGAUACGCAAAUAAAAAAACAACAAACGAAUCCCGCGAUCAAUAUGCGAAAUAUUGUCGGCGCGCAAUGGAAGGAAAAAAUGGAAUUAGUCAGUAAAUUGCUUCUUCUUUUGAACUCAUACAAUUCCAGCGAAAUUCGACAACGUGCAGUGGAUCUUUUAAAGAAAAUUAUCGUUCAAUUGCCUAUACAAGAUUUAACACAAGUUGCCUUCAAUAUAAAAACAAUACAUGAGCAAGCUGCGGCGCAAUCUCAUCCACAACUUGGUCCAUAUUUUCCACGUCGAAAGCAGCCAACCAAUAGUUCACAACAACAAGGCACGAUCGAACGACUAGCGAAUGUAUCAAUACAUACUCCAUUUCGUCCACAUUUCGGCAUGUAUUUCAAAACUCAACUACUCGAAACAUCCAAAGGUCGUGACUUGGAAUUCGAUCGUGCUGUUCAUGCUUACUAUUCACCAUAUCAUAUAUUCAUGGAUUCUUUAGCACGUUGUGCAUACAAUCAAAAUGCGCUCAACGGUUCCAUAUUAACUCUUGUCACACUUGUUGCUUGUGAAGGCGUCCAGAGCAUGCACAUUACCUUAUUUGCUGAAUUGUGCUUAGAAAUCUCCAAUCAAUCGAAAACAUCUGCACAAACACUAAUCCACGAUCUUAUCCAAAUAUCGCCGUCGUACUAUUUUCUUCAUUUAAUCGAAAUUCUUCUUAUUGAUGAACGUAUCGCGCUACAUCAAGCUGACAAUUACUCAUUUCUCUACACGUAUCUACCGAUGAUCUUAGCAAUGAAGAAAUCGUUGACGACAACGAAUGAUUCCAUCCAAACUUUCAUACAAGGUCUGGAACAGCUAUUGCACAAAACAUGUGAACAUUGUUUACAAUCGAUUUACAACGAAUCGCAAACGAAUCUAGAUUGGUUACAAUCGUAUAAAAAACUAUCGAAAUCGAUAAAUUACUCACACACACAAAUCAUCGGAGAUGUCAAAGCAUUAGAACUGUAUCUGCAUUGUCAAUUGAUCACCGAUAAAAGUAAAAUCCAAAGUGUCAUUGAACAAAGCGUACGACUUAUAGAACAACAUUUACAAUUGCCACUGCAAAUCGAUGACGAACAACAGGAAAGCGAGGCGACGACGAUCGUUGAUGAUGAAAACAAUCCAAUAAAGAAACGACGAUUGGACGAUAGUAAUUUAACGAUUGAUAUCACGAACAAUGAUCCAAAACGUAAAACUAUUAUGGAUGCUCUUCAAGUUUUACAAGUAUUUCUGACAAAUAUGAAUACUACUCCUAAUGAUGAGCCGGCCACGAUUGAACAAUAG